AUGCCAAAAUUCGAAAAGUGCCUUCUGAGCUUUAAAGAAGCUUUCUACCACGAUGAUUUAGAUGGUCUGCUAAAAUAUCACAAAAAGCUUGAAAAAUGCUGUGAGGAAGACUCAAGUUUCAGAGACCAGCUUUCCAAGAGCAUUGAGUUCGCCAAGUUCAUUGAAGACAUGGAUGCCUUCGAAACCUGCAUAAGUGACAUCAGAGGAGACGACUGGAAGGUCAUCAUCAACAAGCACAACAUCAAAACUGAAAGCAAGGGCUCUGGGCACGACUUUCUGACCCGCGCUACUGCAAUCGUCGACGCCAAUCUGCAUCAAGUUCUUCCGUUUCUCUCUGAAAUUGACCUUGUUCCUACAUGGUAACUUACAUAUAGGGUUGAUGUUCUUAAAGAAGUCCUUGUUUAUGAAGAACCAACCAAAACGAGGAAAUUUGCACGUUACAACUUCUGGUUUCCAUGGCCUCUCGCUGAUAGAGAGUGCAUGCUGGAGUUUGCUGCCUUUCCAGUUCUGUCUGAAAAGGCGAUUUGCAUAGUGAUGAGGUCGCCUCGUUCUCCUUAUUAUAUGAACUUUGAGGUUCCUCCUCCAGCUGGAGGGAAGAAAAGAAUGAGUGUGAACAUAGGCUGCUUGUAUGCUCAAGCAAUUUCUCCUACUCAGACCAAAAUCGUCUUUAUCACCCAGGCUGAUGCCAAUAUUGUGAUUUUUAUAUAGUUUUUCUUGCCACAGUGGCUCAUUAAUUUUGGGACAAAGCACAUUAUGUAUUACCUGAUGGAUACUUUGAGAAAUAAAAUAAUGAACUUCAGCGGAAGCAUUUAUGAGGAGAGAAUGCAUGAGAAAAGGGAAUUCUAUGAGUUUUUGAAUCGUGUUAUUGAUGAGAAAUUUAACGCUAGUUAA